GGGAGUUCCCCUGGGAUGACAAGGAUUUCUGCAGUCUGGCUGUUUUGGGGCAGGUGUUGCCAUGGGAUUUUUCUACUUCUAUUUUCGAGAUCCUGGGAAAGAAAUCACCUGGAAGCACUUUGUGCAGUAUUACCUGGCGAGAGGUCUGGUGGAUCUGCUGGAAAUUGUGAACAAACAGUUUGUGCAUGUUAUUCUUGCCCCUGGGUCAUCAUCUGAGCAUUGACACCUUUGAGUGGAACCUGGAGACUGCUCCCAGGGAGCUGGGUAUCGAUCCCCUCAACCAGACGGCAGUGGCCUACACCAGCAAGAGCGACAGCUCUUUCUUGCGAAGCCUGGUGCCUGCCCUUCUCCUGGUUGGCAUCCUCUAUGCUUCAAGGAGGGGCUCGAUGGGAGCUGGGCGUGGUGGGCAAGGAGGGGGCCUCUUCAGUGUUGGCAAGACCACAGCAGAGAUCUUAAAGAACCACCUCGACAUGCGGUUUGCAGACGUGGCUGGUUGUGAAGAAGCCAAGUUGGAGAUUUUGGAGUUUGUGAAUUUCCUCAAGAAUCCCAAGCAGUACCAGAACUUAGGAGCCAAAAUUCCAAAGGGAGUCAUGCUCACUGGUCCUCCCUGUACCGGCAGAACGCUUCUUGCCAGAGUGACUGCUGGGGAGGCUAGUGUGCCUUUCAUCACCGUGAGUGGGUCGGAGUUCCUGGAGAUGUUUGGUGAUGUUGGGGCAGCAAGGGUGUGGGACGUGUUUGCUAUGGCCCGAAGAAAUGCUCCUUGUAUCUUGUUUGUUGAUGUAGGCCGUGGGCACUUUAGAGGCCAGAUCGAGCAGAACACCCUGAAUCAGAUACUUGUGGAGACGGAUGGGUUCGACUCGGCCACCAAUGUUGUGGUGCUGGCCAGCACUAACCGCCCCGACAUCCUUGACCCUGCCCUGAUGUGUCUGGCUGGUUCAGCCUCCAGAUUUACAUUGGCCCCCUGGCAUCAAAGGCAGGUGUUCCAUCUUCAAGGAGCACCUGCGCCCACUGAAAUUAGACAAGAGCCUCAGAAUGGAGCCCUUGGCGAGGAAGCUCGCAGCACGCACUCCUGGCUUCACAGUGAAAAUACUGGAGUAGACCACCCAGACUUUGUCUUUUUUUCAUCGACAACCUUCAACGCAGAAGUGGAGAAGCUGAUCUUCGUGUGGAACUCAGGGCCCCUGAACACUCAAAACCAUCUUGUAAAAGAACAGAGUGGAGACUCACACUUCUCUACUUUAGAACUUAGUACAGGCUCCAACAAACACCACUGGCUACAGGCACAACCACAGACAUAGAUCAAUAGAUGGAAGCCUGUACAUGUGCUCAGUUAGUUUUGUCCAGAGUGUGAAGACCCUUCAGUGAGGAAAGAACAGGCUCUUCAACAAAUGGGGCUGAGACAACUGGAUGUCUACACACAAAAGAAUGAAGUUGGACCCUAACACCGUACAUAAAAGUUACUUCACUAUAAAGCUCUUAGAAGAAUAUAAGGGGGGAAAUCUUUAUGAUGUUGCUUUGGUAAUGGUUUCUUAGAUAGUAUGCUGAAAACACAAAUAACAAAUGGAAAAAUAAAUUGGACUUCUUCAGAAUUAAAAUAUAGCGAGUGAAAGGACAGCUAA